AGAAUCAGAUGAGUAGAGAGCAGUAGAGGCCCCAUUCCCUCUCCUCUGCCCGGCCUGAUCCAAUGCCAGGUAUCUUCUGAUGCUCUCAUCCUGGGUCCAAUCCUUCUUCUCUUGACUAAGGGCAAAAGCUUAACCCUGUCUUUGUAGCCAGGGGUAACCCAUUUUGCUUCUUGGACUGAACGUUUUGAGGUCCAGGUGUCCUAUCCCACCCCCUCAUUCCCAGGCUGACUCUGGAGCCUUAGAACCCUCUUCUUCCUACUUUACAGAAAUAAAGGCAUCCUCCCCCCACCCUCCCCCCAAAAAGCUGAAUAGAAGCUAUGGGAAGAAGUCAGUUGAGUAUGAUAGUAAAGAAAUAAUUAGGGACAAACUAUAGGACUGCUUGAAUUUGGGGCCCAGAUAAAAUUUAAAGUAGGAACCCUGCUCUCUCCCUUCCCAGCCCUCUGCUUUGCUGUGAUCACCACCCUCCCACCCCAAACCCCAGGCAACAAGACUGACAGACUUGAGUGCCUACAGGCCGCCUCCUGCCCACUGCAGGAUCUCCAGGUCCUUACAGUUCCCCUCAGCCUUAGGCAGCUGCAGCCGAUGUGAGGGAGGGAGCAAUAGCACCUCCUAAUCCUCAGGCUUCUUAAAUUUACUGAGGAUUUGGAACCAAAUGCUAGGGAGAGGAUAAUCAUAAAUUAAUGUCCAAAUGCACAGAAAUUCUUUUGGUGCUACCACCUCCUCCACAGGUGGUCAUCCCAUUUUGCUAGGCUCUCAAAGUGUUCCCAGGGCCCGCCCCUUCCUCCCCCGGUGCCCGUGGAGCACCCACCUGUCAUGCUCCCAACUACUCCCCUAGAAGGUCAGAAUAUAAUCCUUACCUCCUGCCCCUCUUCCUCAGCAUCCUCAGUUGGUUUGACUUUUGUCAGAGCCCCACCUGGGGCCAGCUCAGAAAGAGAGUGAGGAAGGAAGGAAGGAAGGUGUGAGGAAGCGGGGAGCAGAGCACAGAAUGAUCUGGGAGGGAAGGGGACUGACUUCCUGGCAGCCUCAGCCCCGGUUCCCGGUUCCUGCCCAAGUAUCCUGUCCCAAGAGUGGCCUCCGCCCAGGCUGCCUGGUGUUCCCUGGGCAGCCUCUGCACUGUUCCAGAGGUCAGGAGGACUCUUCAGAGCUAUGAGGGCAGGAGACUUCUCUAUAGGCCCUAUGGAAUUCUAAAUCUUGGGUGAGAAAAGCAACAUGGAGGGUGAAGGAGCCAAGCUUCUGCCAAGCCCCACCUACCAUGGCCAGACAACCCCAGUCAUGGCCGAGUACGGGACCCUCCUCCAGGACCUGACCAACAACAUCACCCUUGAAGAUCUGGAACAGCUCAAGUCAGCCUGCAAGGAGGACAUCCCCAGUGAGAAGAGCGAGGAGAUCACUACUGGCAGUGCCUGGUUUAGCUUCCUGGAGAGCCACAACAAGCUGGACAAAGACAACCUCUCUUAUAUCGAGCACAUCUUUGAGAUCUCCCGCCGUCCUGACCUACUCACUAUGGUGGUUGACUACAGAACCCGUGUUCUGAAGAUCUCUGAGGAAGAUGAGCUGGACACCAAGCUAACCCGUAUCCCCAGUGCCAAGAAGUACAAAGACAUUAUCCGGCAGCCCUCUGAGGAAGAGAUCAUCAAAUUGGCUCCUCCACCGAAGAAAGCCUGAGCAAGGGGGAGGAAGAGGAGGAAGGUUGGACCUUCAUCAGACCAUUCUCUUCCCCCAUCCUCCAGGGGAGGGGGCAAGGGCAUCCCCCCCCCCAUCUACCCACUUACUAACCUGGUCCUAACCCCCUUACUGUGCGCGUGUGUGUGCGUGUGCGCACGCUCUGGCUGUCUGUCUAUAUGUCUAGCUCAUCUAGUUCCUCCUCCUUGUGAGGGGAUGGGGGUCAGGGGCUGGGGGUGGGGGAGCUCAGUUUCCCCACUCUAGGGGGAGUUGGGGGCUAUUUCUAUGCAAAUAGAAAUGGGCACAUUCCUCCUACUUCCCUUUCCUCCACUCUUCCCCCACCUCUCUAAAGUGUGGGAGCAGAAAAGGGCCUGUAUUUUCCUACAAUGAGGCGGCGAGGUAGGAGUGAGGCAUGGGAGAGGUGGGUGAAUCGAAUGAAAAGCAGUGAGAGGGAAGAUGAAGAGGCUACCCAACCCCCACCUGGAAGGGGCAAAGAAAAGCCAGAGUUUGUGUUUGUACCCCAAAGCUGGACUGGCUCAGGAGUCCAGUUUCCAGUAGUUCCUCAGGUUGGAGGGCCUGGGCACCAGCAGGUCCCUUUUUGCUCCCCUCUCAUGGGCCUACGGUGGGUAUGAGCCAGGGACCUAAAGAGAGAGGAUCACUGGAUCCUUCCCUGGCCCCAAAGUUCAAACCCCAUGGAGAACCCAGCAUUAGAUACCCCCCACCCACCUCUGCUCUGGAGAGACUGUGCUGGGAACACACCCCAUCACUGAGCCUGAGUGGGGAUGAAGGCAGAGAGGAGUUCCCUGUUCCACUCCUUUAUUCCUACUCAGACUGUUGCACAGGAGUCCCCUGAACCUAGGGAGGUUGGGGAAUCGAGAUCCUUAGGUUUUAACUCCAAUCCUGCUCCCACUUACAGAGUCCCUACGUGGUUAUUGCAGGCAACCUUCCCUCUCUCCAUGAUCUAGAACCCCCUCUCCCCCAAGCCAGAAAGAAGGGAAGAAGCUAACUACAGUGUUUUCCGUUGCACUGAUCCCCAAUUCAGUCCAGGAGGGGACUCGGUAACCCCUCUCCCUCAAUAUCCUGGCACCUUGGGCUUAUGAACCCCUCCUAGCCAAAUCACUAGAGUACAGUGACCCCAGCCUCCUGCCUGUCCCAAGAUAGCCAUCCCCACCCUGACCGUGCUAACUGUGUGUACAUAUAUAUUCUACAUAUAUGUAUAUUAAACCCGCACUGCCAUGUCUGCCCUUUUUUGUGGUGUCUGGCAUUAACUUAUUGUCUAGGCCAGGACGGGGGUGGAAGGGGAAUGCCACAGUGAAGGGAGUGGCAGAGUCAAAUUGCUACAUAGUCAAAACAAAAAAAACUUUUUUAAACUUUCAAUUCACAUGCAAUCUCAAGAGGCUAUUUAGAGAAAGUUUAAGCUAGGAGCUUCUAGGAUGUGGGAGCAAAACUUUAGUGGAGGGGAGAGCUGGCUACUGGAAGAGGGAAGAAGCCAGACUGGUUGGAGAGCACCCUCUAAUCCUAGCCUAGCCCAGCCCAACCUGCCUGUCCCCUCUGGCCACUGCUGCGGACACCUGCCUUAACACAUACACCUCGAGUACUCCACAGUUUUGCCUUAAAGGACCUUCCCAAGUUUCCCCAGUCCUGUCUGGCUUCUCCCACAAGGAGAGAGAGAUACUUGUAGAAUUGGGAGGGGGAUAAAGAGCAGGAAUUAUCCUUCCAAGCCAGGAUAUGUUAUGUGAGAACAAGUCUGAGAGAGAAAGGAGGUGGAGGGAGGGAAUAUAUUAUAAAGAGCCUUCCUUUGAAGAGAGAAGAGGAUGAGAUGGGAGAAGGGAGACAGGGUCAUUUUCAGCGGAGUCUAGCAAUUUCUCUGUAAGGCAAAAUAAUCUAAAACGACUAACCUGCCCUCCUGCCCCUUAUACUGCUGUGAGAUUGCCCCUAUCCUGUGCUCCUCUGUCUGCAGUGUGCACGGCCUUGUUCUAACCCUGGAAUAAAGGUGAUUGUACUGUA